CAACCACUGCGCCACCAGGGAAGCCCAGGCCGUAUUCUUGAGAGGUGUUCCCUGCCGGGAGGACUCUCUCCCACAGCACUCGUAGCCUUACCCCCUCUGACUGCGGCAUCUGUGGACAGCAUUUUACUUGCUGAGGGUUGGAACUGCCCCCUCCUGGGUGAUGUAGACAUGGGGGUCACCACCCAGUAACCCAGAUUCCAGGACAGAGUGCGUCGCCCCUUGCCUGACGGCUCUGCAUUGAGCGUCUGGUUGCAGACCUCCUGUCAGCUGUGAGCCUAGCGUGGCAGGGGCUCGUGCCUUUUUCCCACACCCAAACACAGGAAGGGUAGGAUCCACUCCCUUGAAGAAAGGUGGCUUAGGAGAGCGAUGAUUCUUGGGCCUGGGUGCUGGUGGGGACAGGAUGGGGGUUGGGAGGUCUGAUGCAUAUCGGGAUCUCCAAGAGGACUGGAAAAUUUGAAAAAGGCCCUCAAGUCCUUCUCAUGUGGCUCCUGUAGGUUCAGGAGGCUCAAAGAGCAGGAUGUGGGGAAAGGUGGCACAGGGGUGUAUCACCCCAUCUGGCUAACGGAAGCUGCUCUGAACCCCACAGACCUGCCACAAGAGCCAGGCGGGCAAAGGGUGGAGGGGCGGUGACCUGUGGUGGCAGGGUUAGAGGUCCGCACUGCAGGGAUGAGUGCCCGCCCCCGGGCCCCCCAGAUGGUGGCCCUCGGUCCUGCCCCACUGCAUCACCCUCUCGUCCUCUUCCCUGCCUCCCCGACCUCUCCCUGUCUUCUCUUUUGCCCAGGCUGACAGGAACUGCCCUGUAGAGGUCCAUCUGUGCUCAGACCCAGAAGAUGCCAGAGCUAUGACCGGGCCUGCAGGCGUGGUGCCGAGGGGAAAUCAGCCAUGGAGCAGCCACCGGAGGAAGCCCCUGAGGUCCGGGAAGAGGAGGAGAAAAAGGAAGUGGCAAAGGCAGAAGGAGUCCCAGAACUCAAUGGGGGACCAGGGCACUCACUUCCUUCCAGCAGCUAUACAGACCUCUCCCGGAGCUGCUCUCCACCCUCGCUGCUGGACCAGCUGCAGAUGGGCUGCGACGGGACCUCUUGUGGCAGCCUCAACAUGGAGUGCCGGGUGUGCGGGGACAAGGCAUCAGGCUUCCACUACGGUGUUCACGCGUGCGAGGGGUGCAAGGGCUUCUUCCGUCGAACAAUCCGCAUGAAGCUGGAAUACGAGAAGUGUGAGCGGAUCUGCAAGAUCCAGAAGAAGAACCGCAACAAGUGCCAGUACUGCCGCUUCCAGAAAUGCCUGGCACUGGGCAUGUCGCACAACGCCAUCCGCUUUGGCCGGAUGCCAGAGGCUGAGAAGAGGAAACUGGUGGCAGGGCUGACGGCAAACGAGGGGAGUCAGCACAACCCCCAGGUGGCUGACCUGAGGGCCUUCUCCAAGCACAUCUACAGUGCCUACCUGAAAAACUUCAACAUGACCAAAAAGAAGGCCCGUGGCAUCCUCACCGGCAAGGCCAGCCACACGGCGCCCUUUGUGAUCCACGACAUCGAGACAUUGUGGCAGGCAGAGAAGGGCCUGGUGUGGAAGCAGCUGGUGAACGGUCUGCCCCCCUACAAGGAGAUCAGCGUGCACGUCUUCUACCGCUGCCAGUGCACCACGGUGGAGACCGUGCGUGAGCUCACUGAGUUCGCCAAGAGCAUCCCCAGCUUCAGCGACCUCUUCCUCAACGACCAGGUGACCCUUCUCAAGUAUGGUGUGCAUGAGGCCAUCUUUGCCAUGCUGGCCUCCAUCGUCAAUAAGGACGGGCUUCUGGUGGCCAACGGCACUGGUUUUGUCACCCGUGAGUUCCUGCGCAGCCUCCGAAAGCCCUUCAGUGACAUCAUUGAGCCCAAGUUCGAGUUUGCCGUCAAGUUCAAUGCCCUGGAACUUGAUGACAGUGACCUGGCUCUCUUCAUCGCGGCUAUCAUUCUGUGCGGAGAUCGGCCAGGCCUCAUGAACGUGUCACAGGUGGAGGCCAUCCAGGACACCAUCCUGCGCGCCCUCGAGUUCCACCUGCAGGCCAACCACCCUGACGCCCAGUACCUCUUCCCCAAGCUGCUGCAGAAGAUGGCUGACCUGCGGCAGUUGGUCACCGAGCACGCCCAGAUGAUGCAGCGGAUCAAGAAGACAGAGACCGAGACCUCGCUGCACCCCCUGCUCCAGGAGAUCUACAAGGACAUGUACUGAGGGCUUCUCUGUCGACCAGCCGCUGAGCACUGGGCCUGGUGGCUGAGGGGGAAUCACACACAGUUGGCCCGCCUCCCUCUCCCUUCCCCGGCUCCCUCCCUUCUCAGCUCCUCUGUCUUCUCUCAUUUCUUUGCUCUUUUUCUUCCUUCCUUUCUCGCCCUCCCUUUCUCUCUCCCCAUCUCCGUGUCUGUCCCUCUUCCUCUUCCUGUGAGGCAGUUUGUGUUAUUUCACCAGCAGCGCAGAACAGCACCUCUGCUUCGCCCCCCACCCCUCCCGCCCCCCCACCGGCCCAGCAGGAGGGGCCGGGCCUGCCCUCUGCACCAACAGUCCCCUUCUCCCGUCUUCAGUCUUCACAGCAAAGGACUCGAGCCAUCCAAAGAAACACUAAGCUCUCUGGGCCAGGCUUCCCAGGGAAGGUAAGCAGGGCCAGGGCUGAGAGCAGAGCGGCCCCUCGUCACCGGGUCCCUGGCGGAGGACGCCUCCCCCAGCAGGCGGGCCCGGCCUGGGCUGCAGCGCACACCUCAGCCCCGCUGACGACGACGCCCUUCCCUUCUUCUUUUCAUCGGUCUCGCAGGCCAGUGUCACUGAUAGCCCCCCGUGCUGGCCGCUGGGGGACACGCGCCCAGCCUGGAUAGAGGUGGGGUUCCCUCCGGGUGGGAGUCCCUACACCCCAGCUGACGAGGAGCGAGCUUAAAGAGAGGCGGAGGGAGGUAGGGGAGAUGGCGAGCCAGAGACUUGCUUCUGAGCCCAGGCUCGGGGCGGGUCCCCCAUCAGCACCCCACUCUGUCUACCCCUCUGCAGCAGCCACCGAGUCCUGCCUACGGGUGUCGAGUCCUGCCUAGGGGUGUCGGCACCGCGCUCCCCCGUCUCCCGCAGCGCCAGGGCCUGGCCUCACACGCGCCCCUCCGGGAGACACUGGCAGUGGCUCCAGCCUAGCUGAAGCUCACGCCCCACACACACUCCUUCCAGCCCACGCACCGCAAGCACUGAAAUCACUUUACCUGCAGGUUCCACACCCCUCACCCUCCCCUCCCUGAGGCAGGCGAGUGCCCAGAGGGGCCUACAGGUGGACGGGCAGAGCUGUGCCCCUGUUCUCAAGGCUAGCCCAGAUCCCUUGGUGGGCACGGGGUCCUGUGGACCCAGCCCAGCACCUGCUCACAGGGGAGGUACCGGGGAUAAACUGAUCCUGCUCGUUUGUGACACCCGUCUGUCCCAACAGCUCUGCUGCCCUCCUCUUUUCCUUGUAUUUGGCCCAGCUGGUCACCUGGAACUCUCCCUGUACUGCCUCUGGUGACCAGGGACCUUGCUAGGCCCAGUCCCACUCCUGGCCCCGCCCCUCCCCCUCCUCCCCGUUGAUAAGCACUCACCCCAGAGGAGGGGCAGAGUCUGAGCAGAGGAUAGAGAGCCUACCCAGGCUGCUUCUCCAGGGAGGAAACGGGUCUGGAGGGGUGAGGGACUGGCUGGCGUCUCUGAGAAAGGUGGCGGGACAUGUGGGGUUAGAGCCCAGGCUUCCUGGGUUCUGUCUGGUUUUCCUUUCCGAGGGGCCUUUCCAUGCCUGAGGAUCUCUCUCUACUGGCAAGAUUCUCCCCUCCCCUCCCCUCCCCCCACCCUUCCCCCGCCAUGUACCCCAUCCUCUUCCCCCUCCCCAGGUCUGGUACUGAGGAUACACCUCUUCUCAGUGUCUGAACAAUCUCCAAAAUUGAAAUGUAUAUUUUUGCUAGGAGCCCCAGCUUCCUGUGUUUUUAAUAUAAAUAGUGUAUACAGACUGAUGGAACUUUAAAUAAAUGGGAAUUAAAUAUUUAAGAGUUGAUUUAAGCUAACUCAGCUUACAGUGUUUUUCCUGGGGGCUGAUGAGACCCCUCCCCCUCUUCCACAUCCAGUGCACAGAUGGGGAGACUUGGCCAGGCAAAUGAGACUGUGGGGUGCUGGCCCCAGUUGGGUGGCGGGGUCGGUUCUGGCUUGUGGGGCUGCCCGUCGUUCCCCCUCACCUCUUGCUCUGCUCACCAUUCCUCAGUCAGCAAGGUCUGUGGAGAACUGAGAAGAUGCCAUCCCACCCAGAGGGAGCAUUUGGGGUGGGAGGGGGAGAAAGGAUACACACCCUCUGAGAAGGGUGUGUGGAACCAUGGCACAAACCAGGUUUGGGGGUGAGGGCGUCUGGGAGGGGCUAAGAAGGGCCUGGGAGGAGGCAAGUCCCCCUGGGCCUUGAGUGGUAUGUGGGACUUGCACAGGUUUUUUGGGGUUUUUUGCCAUGCCACGCGGGAUCUUAGUUCCUCAACCGGGGAUCGAACCCAUUCCCCCUGGAGUGGAAGCGCAGUGUCUUAACCACUGGACCACCAGGGAAGUCCCUGGGACUUGCACAGUUUUACCCCACGAGACAUCAGGGCUUUCCUCUCCUUAGCUAACACCCCAGUUUUCUCCUUUACUUACAGUGGUGCCAUCUCCACAGACAAAUGAAUCAAAAAUUUAGACUAAAAAAGAAGAAAGCAACCUUAAGAGAAUUAGAAGAUACCGUCUUUGUGAUAAUUCUGUAAAACUUCUGAAACUUAAAAAGGUUUAUUAUUAAAGGAAGAAAUGGGGUCCCAGGCUGGUAAUAUGCCUGGGGAGCCUGGAACAAGCAGAUGCAAAACCUUUCUGGAGGACAGACACAGGCAGUACAGAACUCCCACAAAAUUACAAACAUGAAGAGACAGCCUGCAUGAAAAUAAAUAGAAUAAUGAGUGAAAUUAGAGCCCCAGGACAUCAAAAAGUAUAGCUAUUGAUUAUCAUAUAGGAGACAAGUUUUUUUUUUUUGAGACAAGUUUUAUAUUAUUUAAAAAUAUAAAGAUGAAAAUCAUACAAAAGAAACAGUUUGCUUUUUAAGGAAGAAAAAAAAAAAAAAAAGACAAACAUUUUACAAGAAAUACCUGGAACCUCCAGAAAAAAAAUGAGUUAAAAAACAGACAUAGCCAAAGAGAUCAUUUUUGCCCCUCAGAAAAGAUCUGUAAAAAAUUUUAAAAAAUUAAAAAAACAGAUCUGUAGAAAUUAUUCCCAAAAUAACAUAGGAAAACCAAGACAAAAUGUGGAAAGGAAGAAUAACAAUACAAAUUCUCAUAUACUGCAGAAGGGAGUAGAAGUUGAUAAAAUCAACUUGAAAAACAAUUUGGCAAAAUCUUGUAAAGUUAAAAUGCGCCUGUGGAAGCUGUGAGGCAUCACCCAGUUUCCACCCCUCAGAACCCGGGCACUGAGGUCCGUGGCUGCUGGGCUCACAGGUGAGUUCCUCUCAGGAAAUUGCCCGCAGUGAAGGGGGCCGCCUUGCCCAGGAUAAGCACGCCCCCUCCUCAGGGGCAGCCUAUAGCCAACAUGUGGGGACAAGCCAAGCCUCCUUGCCCCAAUUUGAAACAACGUGAAGAAUAGUCCAGCUCCAGAACUGGGGCUUCUGUCCUAGGUACAUUGCAGUUUAAUUUCUCUCUCUACCCAAUCCUGCUUCCUACAAUUUCUUACAGGUGUUGUUCUCAGGAGCACUCCCCAGUGAGUGUCCUGCAAGUAAACCUCUAAAUCUAUUUCCUGGAGAAGGUAGCCUGACAUAGUACCCUAGGGUGAAAGCCACCAAAUUGCACUAAGACUCAUACACAUGUUCUUUUUUUUUUUUUCGGUACGCAGGCCUCUCACUGUUGUGGCCUCUCCUGUUGCAGACCACAGGCUCCGGACGCGCAGGCUCAGCGGCCAUGGCUCACGGGACCAGCCGCUCCGCGGCAUGUGGGAUCUUCCCAGACCGGGGCACGAACCCGCGUCCCCUGCAUCGGCAGGCAGACUCUCAACCACUGCGCCACCAGGGAAGCCCCAUACACAUGUUCUUUACAGCAAGAGUAAAAACUUAGAAACAAUAAAAAUGUCCAUCAACAGGAAAAUGGAUAAAUUUGAUAUAUUUAUACAAUGUUUAAGAAAAAAAAAAACUAGAAGAGUGGGGGAGGGAAAAAACAACCUAGAAGAAACACGUGGGGAAAAUUAUAUAUAAUCUUGAAGUAGAUAGACCUUUCAAAAAUCUCUUGUAUACACAGAAGUUUCUAAGUUUCAUGCAGUAUACACAAAACUUAGAGUCUAUAAAAUAGAGAUAAAAGAUCUUACUACAUCACACUAAAAAAAUUUCUUCCAGUGGGGGGAACACAAAAAAAUUUAAGUCAACCAUGUUAAAAAAAUGUGUGACAUAAUAAGACAAAGGCUAAUUUCCUUAAUAUGUAAAGAGCACCUACCAAUCAAUGAGUAAAAUGUCAACAACCCAAAUGGGCAAAGGAUAUGAACAGGAAAAGAAAUGCCUCUAAAACAUAUGGAGAGAUGCUUAAUCUCAUAGUAAGAGAAAUGUAAAUUAAAACUACAAUGAGGGGGGACUUCCCUGGUGGCUCAGUGGUUAAUAAUCUGCCUGCCAAUGCAGGGGACACAGGUUCGAGCUCUGGUCCGGGAAGAUCCCACAUGCCGCGGAGCAAUGAAACCUGUGCGCCACAACUACUGAGCCUGUGCUCUAGAGCCUACGAGCUACAACUGCCACAACUACUGAGCCCCAGUGCUGCAACUACUGAAGCCCGUGCGGCUAAAGCCCGUGCUCUGCAACAAGAGAAGCUGCUGCAAUAAGAAGCCCGUGCACCACAAUGAAGAGUAGCCCCUGCUCGCCGCAAUUAGAGAAAGCCCACGCACAGCAAUGAAGACCCAACGCAGCCAAAAAAAAAAAACCAAAAAAACCUACGAGGGACUUCCUGACGGUCCAGUGAUUAAGACUCCGUGCUUCCACUGCAGGAGGUGCGGGUUUGAUCCCUGGUCCGGGAACUAAGAUCUCAUAUUCCACAGCCAAAAAAAAUUAAAUAAAACUACAAUGAGAGACUGUUGUUUUACAUAACAAAUUAACAAAUACUAACAAGUUUGAUUAUAUUGUGUUGGCAAGGGUGUGCAGACACAGGCACUCUCAUACUGUUGGUGGGAGUAUAAUCUGGCACAGCCACCACAGAGGGCUAAUUGGCAGCACCUAUAAAAUUUUUUUUUUAAAUAAUUUUGAUCCAGGGCUUCCCUGGUGGCGCAGUGGUUAAGAAUCCACCUGCCAACGCAGGGGACACGGGUUCGAGCCCUGGUCUGGGAAGAUCCCACAUGCUGCGGAGCAACUAAGCCCGUGUGCCACAACUACUGGGCCUGCGCUCCAGAGCCCGCAAGCCACAAGUACUGAGCCCCUGUGCCACAACUACUGAAGCCCGCACACCUAGAGACCGUGCUGUGCAACGCGAGAAGCCACUGCAAUGAGAAGCCUGUACACCGCAGCAAAGAGUAGACCCUGCUCGCCACAACUAGAGAAAGCCCGCGUGCAGCAACAAAGGCCCAACACAGCCAAAAAUAAAAUAAAUAAAAUAAAUUUUAAAAAUAAAUAAAAAAUAAUUUUGAUCAGCAAAAGUUAAGGAAAUAACAAAGAUGUCCAAGACAAUUCGUUUCCCAAACUAGUGUCUCAAUUUACUGAUAAAGGGGCUUCCCUGGUGGCGCAGUGGUUGCGCGUCCGCCUGCCGAUGCAGGGGAACCGGGUUCGCGCCCGGGUCUGGGAGGAUCCCACAGGCCGCGGAGCGGCUGGGCCCGUGAGCCAUGGCCGCUGGGCCUGCGCGUCCGGAGCCUGUGCUCCGCAACGGGAGAGGCCAUAACAGAGGGAGGUCUGCACACCACAAAAAAAAAAAAAAAAAAAAAAAAAUUUACUGAUAAAUAUAGGACGUUGAUUAAAUUCAAUUAAAAAAAUCUCUCCUUUAACUUUUAAGUGAAUUCCUCCUAUUUCGUCUUUUUAACUUUCCCAACUUACCUCCCACAUGGGGCACUGCAGUCUAGUGGAGAGUACAUGGGCUUUGGAGGAUUAAGAUAGGAAUUGAGGGGUGUUAGGAAUAGUCAGAGCUGGAAGGGCUCUUAGACCUCAUAGUCCUCAUUCUCCUCACUCCCCACCGUCAAUGGGCCCAAUCCAAUUGUUCUCCACAGUGCAAGCUACAAAUCCAACAGCCAUUUAUUUAUACUGCCCAGGAGAGGCUCUGACUGGCUGAUUUGCUCUCAUCUAAUCUGGAGCUUCCUCAUUAGACACAGCCUCAGACAAGCCCCCUCCUGGCCACCUCUUAUGGUGGCCCUUGCUGAGGCCCUUAAAGUCCUUAAACCAUCCCCCCAGUUUCCUCCAGUAAUCAUCUAGGGAUCCCUUAAGGCCUUCAUGCCCCACCCCACCCACAUCCUAUAGCCUGGACAGGGCAUUUGGAGCCCCCAGCCUCCUAGCCUUCCAGCCAUCCUGCUUCACCGUCCAUCCCUCCUCCUUC